ACAGCAGCAGCGGGAGCUCGAAACGAGCCCGGAACCCAUGACCGGAAUCCCCUACCCAUGAGCCUCUCGUCCCUCCUACUUCCCCAAGGUUUGAGUUUUGGAGCGUUCUUGGUUGAUAGUUUUGUGGAAGAAGUAUUUUGGUAGCUGAAUUGUUUGAGUAAACGAAAACCAUGUCUGGUAGAAAUCGUGGACCGCCUCAUGCUGCGCUACCACCUCCCAUGCAUGAUGCCCCGUAUGGAAGAGGACAUGGGCUGGUGCCCCAUCCUGUGUUGCUUGAGGAAAUGAGAGAAUCCCAGCACGGUAUGGGUCCCAGGUCGCUUCCUCCUCACCCUGCGAUCAUUGAGGAACAUCUUGCGGCGCAGCUUCAAGAUAUUCAGGGUCUUUUGGUUGAUAACCAGAGGCUGGCUGCCACUCAUGUUGCUCUUAAGCAGGAAUUGGAAGCUGCCCAGUUUGAGUUGCAACGCAUGGCUUACCAUGUUGAUUCACUGCGGUCGGACAAGGAUGUGCAGAUGAGGGAAUUGUAUGACAAGUCUGUGCGUUUGGAAGUGGAUCUUCGUGGGGUUGAGGCUAUGCGGGCUGAGCUUCUUCAGGUUCGCGCUGAUAUCAAGGAACUCACUGUUGCGAGGCAAGAGCUCUCUGGCCAGGCGCAAGCGAUGACCCAAGAUUUGGCUAGAAUCAAUGCUGACUUGCAACAGGCACCGGCUUUAAGAGCAGAAAUUGAAUCUAUGAAACAAGAACUGCAGCGUGCUAGAGCUGCCAUUGAGUAUGAAAAGAAGGGGUAUGCAGAGAAUUAUGAGCAUGGUCAGGUGAUGGAGAAGAACUUGAUCUCAAUGGCUAGGGAGCUGGAGAAACUUCGUGCAGAAAUUGCUAAUACUGACAAGAGGGCACGUGCUUCAGCUGCUGUUGGAAAUCCCAGUGGAGGUUACAAUGCAAAUUAUGGUAAUCCUGAAGCAGGAUAUGCAGGAAAUCCUUAUCCUGCCACCUACGGCAUGAACCCUGUACAGAAUGCUGCUGAAAAUUUUCCUCAGUAUCCUAUGCCCGGUGCUUGGGGUGCAUACGACAUGCAGCGAGCUCAGGGACACAGAUAAGGUAGUUCAUCUCCUGAGCUACAUUCUGAUGGUAUCCUGGCUUCAGCGCAUAGAUAUUUAGGUCUGUAACUGAAGUGCUAUCUCAUUAUAGACCUUUUGGAAGCUUUUCUUGUUCAUUUAGUGUUUAGGAAUUCUACCUAAACAUAUCACGGGUCCUAUUACCUUGUUGGUGUACUACACUACUUAUAGUUUGGUUUCCUGUGAUGCUUUGUCUGCACCAGCUUCUCUAGAUGCAUUUCAUAUUGAUAUUUAUGAUAUUUUGUCUUAUUGCACAAACUCUGUCCACUGUCAUAUUUAUAUCAGAUCAUUUUAUUUUCUCUCUUUCAAAGAA